AUGAACUUCAUGGCCUCAUCACCCAAUUCUCUCCUAUCUCUGCUAGAGGCUGCAGGUCAACGCCAUCACAUCUUUGAUCCGCUCUAGCACUGCUGCUCGGAGUAUGCACGCUCGCCUACGGAGACGUGGGUUAUCCCAAACGCGCUUGGCUGAUUGAUCAGAAUCAUAGACGGGUGGCGGUGCAGAAAGUUGCACAGCAGGUCUUUGCCGAUGUGGACGUAUAAGAGCGGCGAUACUGCAGCUGCUUCACCAUUCACUACCGCAUCACCCGUCCUAUCUUGGACGCCCUCCUACGCACAUUCGUGUCGUUAUAUCCUUACGUUCACGCCCGAAUUAUAGAACUCAUGGCCACCAGCGCUGUCGCCCACCAGUAUCCCUUCACCGAAGCCAGAUCCACAGGCACGGACAGCGCCACGCUCCUCGCCGCGCUCCUCGCGUCCGAGUGCUUUGACGAGAUCUCCAACGUGGAGGACUUCGGGGGCGUCCGCGACUACAUCGUCGGGGAGGGCCGCCCUGACGCAGAGGGGCGCCUCGCGUUCAAGGGUCUCGCGUUCUGGGUGUACCCCACUGGCCUGCAUGGGCCGUUCCACGAGACUGAGGAAGGCACGAUCGAGCGACAUGGGUUAUUGGUUACGAUUGAGAGGAGAGCGAAGGUGGAAGACGCGAUGAGGAGGAUUCGGGAGGAGUUCUCGAUCAAUGGGAUUGGGCAUGUCCAUAUCGCGGCUGCUUGAAGCGUAACAGCCUGAGCAGGGUUUGGAGCAGAAUGUAGCACGACCAAGGAGUUGGGGGACUCUUGCUCGCUUGCAUGCACGUACUCGGGAACCCUAAGAAUGUUUAGCGAAGACUCCCUCUGAGCUGCGUCUCUCGAGGCUCGGCGAA